AUGGCUGAAAAGACCACCAUGAAGGCCGUCGUCUUCGAUGGCCCGUACAAGGUUUCGAUCCAGGAACGGCCGGUUCCGAAGUUGCAGAGCCCCGGCGACAUCAUCGUGAAAGUGCAGGCUACCGCCCUGUGUGGAUCUGAGCUGCACGUCUUCAGAGGUCACCAGCCAUCCGACACGGGCUUUAUAAUGGGCCAUGAGUUCACUGGUAUCGUCGUGGAGGCAGGCGAGAACGUAAAGACUAUCAAGACGGGAGACAAGAUUGUCUCCCCGUUCACAACAACAUGUGGGAAAUGCUUCUACUGCCAAAACGGAUACUCGUCCCGCUGCGUCGAGUCCCUUCUUUUCGGCUGCCCAAAGCUAGAUGGCGGACAGGCCGAGUACGUCCGUGUUCCCAACGCAGAUGGCACCGUGAUGAGGGCCCCUUCCGAGAUCCAGGACCAAUGCCUCGUGCUGAUGGCAGACAUCUUCCCCACCGGCUAUUUCGGCGCCAAGAAUGCCUUCUCCCGGCUCUCGCCCGGUGAGAUCGAGAACGGCACCGUCGUGGUCAUCGGAUGUGGGCCCGUCGGCAUCUGUGCCAUCAUCGCCGCGCUCGAGUACAAGCCGAAGCACCUGUUUGCCGUGGACAGUGUAGAGAGCCGGCUGGAGCAGGCGAGGCAGGCAGGGGCGGAGCCGCUGAACUUCAUGACGGACAAGGAGGGCAUGUUUGAGCGGGUCAGGGGCGCGACCGAGGGCAGGGGCGCGGAUGCCGUGAUCGAGGUUGUGGGAUUGAGUCCGGCGCUACGGACGGCAUUUGACCUGAUCAGACCUUGGGGUGUGAUUUCGAGUAUCGGUGUGCAUAACGCGGAGAUUCCAUGGACUGGAAAUGACGCGUAUAACAAGAACCUCCGCCUUUCCAUGGGCCGAUGCCCUGUGCGGUCGCUGUUCCCCGAGGCGCUGGCAGUGUUGGCCAAGCAGCAGGACAAGUUGAGCUUCAUGUUUGACAAGAUCAUGCCAUUGGAGGAAGCCGUCGAAGGCUAUGAACUUUUCGACCAGAUGAAGGUGCACAAGGUAAUCUUCAAACCUUGACGAACGGGAUGAAUCUUCUCCAAGGCGUAGUCAACUUCAUGAUGUAGUCAAGGUGUCAAAAACCGUCCAUAGUAUAGCUCUGUGAGAUGACAGUAGUUCAGAAUGCGACAGAUCUCGCAGCAGCCGCCCGAAUGGUUAAUUCUGCCUCGGCUUGACGAUCCCAUCGUGCAUCAUGUAGUAGACAAUCGUCGAGUCAUCAUGGACCACAGCCAUGAGCACCCUCUUGCCGCGCUUGGAGCCCCGCCACUUCUUCCACUCGGGACAAGUACCAGUCAGGUCCUCUCUGGCCUUGGCAGCAGGCGGCAGCGCGUCGACCGAGUCCAAGACGGCGGCAAACGCGCGCAGACUCAUCUUCUCGGAGAGGUGAACGGGCAGCACCCAUUCGUACUCGGCCUCCUGAGGGAUGGCUUUCCCAGAAGACUUCUCCGCCUUGAUGAUCUCGAUCUGCUCGUCUGGGUGGACGUACAUGCGGCGAGGCGACAAGCCUGAGAUGAGAGGUCGUGUCUGGGAAGGGUUGUUGUGGGCUGUGACGUCUGUCCAAUCUUGCUGGUUCUCGAGAUUGUUGAGGACGAUCUUGGUCAGCCCCUCGAGGUGGGGAGAAAAAGACAUGGCCUUUAGUCCUG